CGGGAGGUUCGGGAGGCAGUGGGCCAUGGAGGACCACGGGCAUGAGAGCUGCCGAGGGAUGACGGCCCUGUCGCCUUCCCGUGUACCCCAGCCCACGGAGGGCCGGCCCUGGCUGACGUUGGAGGAGGCCAUUGCCAGAGGGGAUGAUGCCACCUGCCCUUCUUUAGUUGAAUCUCCGGGGAAUAGCAGGGGCGGUGCCAGGAAGAGGCAGCUGGACGCUGACAUCCAGAGUCACGGCCCCCUGCCCCCCACCCUCAAACGGCUGAGGCUGGAGGCUGUCAAGAGGCUGAAUUUUGGGCCAGAGGAGAUAGAAGAGCCGUCGCUUCCUGACUCCCCACUGAGGGACAUCACCCCCCCACUGAGUCCCGAGGUCUCCGCUGAGCUGUGGGGCCAUGGAUCCUCAGAUGCUGGUGGCAUGGAUCUCACACCGGCCUCACCAGCCAUCCGCAAUCCUGUCCUGAGGUGGCCACCUAUCUUGGAGGAUUAUGUUAACGUGACCUCCACAGACGGCAACCGGGCCUUUCUGGUGCUGCGUGCAGACCCCGCAGGCACUGGAGUGCAGAGCCCUCUUCUUGAUGUCUGGUGGCGAGGCUGUGGCCAGCUACACCUGCUGGGUGUGCCCUUCACCUCCCUGAAGGAGCAGGUUGACAGUCAGCGCCGGCAGCGACUGCUCGAGGAUGCUCAGCAGCUCUCAGACACACUGCGCAGCCUCAGGCCCGAGGAGGAGGAGGCCCAGCCUGUGGGGGUCCCCGAGGAGGAGCCGGCUGACCACCAAGACUCCUCCCAGCACUGCCUCUGGGUGGACAAGUUUAUGCCCCAUCGCUACACGGAGCUGCUCAGUGACGACUUCACCAACCGCUGCCUCCUCAAGUGGCUGAAGCUGUGGGACCUGGUGGUGUUUGGCCACGAGAAGCCUGCCCGGAAGCCGAGGCCCAGUGUGGAGCUGACCCGGAUUGGCAAGGAGGCCCCAGCCUCUGGCAAGUGGAAAAGCCAUGAGCAGGUGCUGGAGGAGAUGCUGGAGGCCGAGCUGGACCCAAGCCAGCGGCCCCGGCAGAAGGUGGCGUUACUGUGCGGGCCCCCAGGACUGGGCAAGACCACCCUGGCACACGUGAUUGCACGGCAUGCAGGGUACUGUGUGGUGGAGAUGAAUGCCAGUGAUGACCGCAGCCCAGAGUCCUUCCGCAUGCGCAUCGAGGCGGCCACGCAGAUGGAGUCGGUGCUGGGCGCUGGUGGGAAGCCUAACUGCCUGGUCAUCGAUGAGAUCGAUGGGGCCCCCACGGCUGCCAUCAACGUUCUCUUGAGCAUCCUGAACCGCAAGGGCCCGCGGGAGGUGGAGCCAGGGAUGACAGACAUGCCUUUGGGUGGGGGCCGGAGGCGCCGUGCAGAAGGGGGACUCCUGAUGAGGCCCAUUAUCUGCAUCUGCAACGACCAGUUUGCACCUUCCCUGCGGCAGCUGAAGCAGCAGGCCUUCCUGCUUCACGUCCCACCGACUCUGCCCUCGAGGCUGGUGCAGCGGCUCCAGGAGAUCUGCCUGUGGCAGGGCAUGCUGGCUGACCCAGGAGCGCUGGCCACUCUCUGCGAGAAGACGGACAGUGACAUCCGCGCCUGCAUCAACACGCUGCAGUUCCUGCAUGGGCGGGGCCAGCGGGAGCUGAGCGUGCGGGCCAUGCAGACCACGCCCGUCGGCCUCAAGGACCAGCGCAAGGGGCUCUUCUCGGUGUGGCAGGAGGUCUUCCAGCUGCCCCUGACCCAGAGGCGACGCGUAGGUCAGGACCUGACCCUGCCUGUCUCCUCGCUCCUGCUCAGCCACGAGGACACGGGCUCCCUGACUCUGGCUUCACAGCGGUUCCUCCACAUCCUGCAUGUCGCCACCUCCGCAGGCGAGCAUGAGAAGGUGGUCCAGGGCCUGUUUGACAACUUCUUGCUGCUGCGACUGCGGGAUUCUAGCCUGGGCUCUGUGUGUGAGGCCCUCGACUGGCUGGCCUUUGAUGACCUGCUGGAGCAGGCAGCCCACCGCGGCCAGAGCUUCCAGCUGUGGUGCUACCUGCCCUUCCUGCCUGCUGCCUUCCACGUGCUCUUCGCCUCCAGCCACGUGCCACGGAUCACCUUCCCCAGCAGCCAGCAGGAGGCCCAGAACAGGAUGAGCCAGACGAGGAACCUGAUCCAGACACUGGUGUCGGGCAUCACGCCGGCCACCCGCAGCCGGGCCACGCCCCAGGCCCUCAUUCUGGACACCCUCUGCCUGCUCCUGGACAUUCUCGCGCCCAAGCUGCGUCCUGUGAGCACACAGCUGUACAGCGCCCGUGAGAAGCAGCAGCUGGCCAGCCUCGUGGGUACCAUGCUGGCCUACAGCCUCACUUACCGCCAGGAGCGCAUGCCCGAUGGGCAGUACGUCUACAGGCUGGAACCGGACGUGGAGGAGGUCUGCCGCUUCCCCAAGCUGCCUGCCCGCAAGCCCCUCACCUACCAGGCCAAGCAACUCAUCGCACGGGAGAUCGAGGUGGAGAAGAUGAGGCGGGCAGAAGCUUUGGCCCGGGCUAGGGACAGCCCGCAGGUGGAGAGGGGUCCCCUGGGGCCAGAGGGUCCACUGGGGGGCCCUGAGGAGAAAGGGGUGUCAAGACCUGUGCUGCGCAACCACCAGCAGCGACUGGAACACAUCAUGAGGAAGAGGGCCCCAGAGGAGCAGCCCGAGAAGGACUUCUUUGGACGUGUGGUUGUCAGGAGAGCUGCAGCCCAGAGUGCAGAGGGCGUGGGCCCGGAGGAGGACUCUGCUGAGCGACGCAUGGGCCUGGCAGUGGGCAGGAGUGAGGUCUGGUUCCGCUUCCAUGAGGGCGCGUCCAACGCGGUGCGGCGCAGCCUGCACAUCCGUGACCUGCUGUAGCCCAUGGCAACCCCGCGACGCUGCAACCCACGCUGGAACCCAGAGCACUCAGAAGUCUUUAUAAAGCUGCACUUUACAGA